UAUCGUCUAUGAGAAUUGUGUGGAGAAUCUAUUGCCCGAAUUCAAUACCAUCACAACUUGGCCCUGUGGAGAAAUUUAAUUCCAUGUGCCAUGUGGCCAACGAUGCUGAAUUGAAACGAGCCGAUGAUAUGGACUUGAAUCUGUCUAUGCACAUUUUAUCCAUGGAAGAGCCUACGAUCAAAGACGCACUUCUUGAGUGUUUGAAAUGCAGCAGUGACCUCAUAUUUGCGAGGAACAUGGACGAGCUGAAAGAAAUAGUGGAGCGUUUUCCAGAAAUAAAAAAAAGUUUUGUGGUUUGGAAUUUUGCUGAGCUUCAGGGUGAUAAUUUGAAGUGGUGCUGCCGAUGGUGCAAAAAUUACAGCUUGCCAUUAACUGUGCCUAUAAUCGGUCAGACGGUCAACCCUUUCAUGCUGGUCAGCUACCCGGUGGAAAAUGACUCGGACGAAAUUCAAAUACAGGCCGUGCCUUUUAAUGAGACGCUAAAAAUUGGCAAUCAAGUUUUCUGCAGGCACCGGAAAACGUGUAGGCACAACACUGAAUAG